CAUUUAACAUCGCACCAUAUGAUGUGAUUGAAGCGGACUUUGAACAUGAAGAUGUAUUGAUAAAUAGAUGGAUGGGGAUUUAAAUGAUGUCAAAGAAUUAUUAGAUAUAAUCGUAUCUAAUGUCAAAAAAUUAUAUGAUAGCCUUGUUUUUUAUAAAAAUGAUCAAAACUUAUGUAAUUCAGGUGACCAAAACUUAUAUAAUUCUGAUGAAGGUACGCAUAAUACAUCCUUUUCCCAUAGCCAAAGUAAUUAUGACCCAAGGCAUAAAAUCGUGCAAUUUAAGGCCAAAUAUUAUAACAAUAAAAGCUCCUACAUAUCUCCUAAUCAAGAAAUAUUACAAGAAAAGACUUUAUUUUCACAUUCUAUUCUUGAUAUUAAGAAGUUAAUUACGAUGUUUAAACACACAUCUCACACCUCUAGUUUAAAUAAUUUACACAAUUUAAAUGAGAAUCACAAGAACUAUAAUAGAUUUGUAAUUUCAAAUUUGGCAAAAUUAUUAGUGAGCCUAAAUCUAAAUACUAGGUCAUUAUCCUCCAAUAGCAUUACAUUCCUCUCAAAAAAUUGGUUUUUAAUCAGAUCUUAUGGAUACAAAGCUCUACAAAAUUAUAUAGAAACCUUGAAUGAUGUAUGGAUUCUCAUUGAAUUUCACAUAGAUUACCUAAUAGCACGAGAUAUAGAUUUGAGCUCAGUUACCGACUCAGAGAAGAUUCAAGCCUUAAAGCUAUGCAACAAAUGCUUGACAAUAAUAUCUUCCCACCAAAUUGAUUCGCCCAACUCAUUGAUGAAUCCCUUAUUGGCUAUCCUUUCCAUCCCAUCCCAAAAAGAGGACGCCCCUCGUCAAUUGUCACCGGAUAAAACAUCGUCUAGGGAACAAAUUUUCAAUAUCAAUCCACCGAUUGGUACGAAUAAUUCUUACUACUUGAUGCCAAUCGUUAUAGCUAUGAUAUGCGAAUAUAUAAUAUCUAGCUACUCCAGCUCGAAGCCCUCCCAUUGCAUUACCUUAAUGCCUCGCCUAAUCCAAUCGAUAACUUUUAUGGGCUCGCACCCCGAAGUCACUAAUGGGGGAGAUAAGGGAAUCCUAUUGGUCGACUCCAUAAUAUCUACCUUUUGUUACGUUCUCAAUCUUCUCUCCUACCCUAAGAGAUGUACGACGAGUGAGAAAGUUAACAACGAGAGUGAAAAAAUUUGCUAUUCAAAAUGCGACGUGAUUGGAACCAUCCAAGAAUACGAUGUUGACAAUCAUGCCUGUUUCUACAUGAAUAUCGAGCCUAUUGUAGCGUAUUUCACCUCAUCCCAAUUGGAUAUCUCGUUACAAUCUCUCUAUAAAAAAUUUGAAAAUGUUCGUAAAAAGGAUGUUGUCGAUAUAGCCGAGGUUUCAGCCUUCUAUGAACCUAAUAUACAUAAAAUUCAUAAUUAUGCCGAAUAUUUGGGGGAAUCAAAGAUUUAUAAUCUCGCUAAUUAUUGUAAACGAGCGCUGAUCACUCUCAUUCGACAUUGGUCCGGAUUAAUUUAUCUCCUGUCCACGGGUAAUCAUGUCAUUAACGAUUCCACCGAAACCAGUAAUAUGCUAACCUUGAUCCGCUCUUUGGAAUUGCCUUUUCCUCAUACUCAGCGUUUGUUAAUGCAACUAUUUGCCGAAGUAUUGUACAUUCCUUUUCCGAAGACCAACGAAACAAUUCGUGAUUUCAAUGAGUUGGAAAAAUGGAAAAAAGACAAAAUGCAAAAAUGUUUUAAGACCAAAGAAAAUUGGAGAUUGUGCAAUGGUUUUGUAGCCUCUGAGAUCAUGGAAGUCAACCCUAUUGAUAAUUCUACUCUUCACAAAUUUAAUCCGGCUCUUAGUUAUCAGUGCAAUAUAUUAUACACGUUGUUGAGGUUGGAUAUAAUCAAGACCUUAAUGGGAGCCAUCAUUAAUAGAUACGAUUAUGAGCUAUCUAUGAACGAAGCUGUCUCCGUCCAGGCAACUUAUUUAGUCGGCGAAAUACUAAUUUUGACGCAUAUCUAUUUAUCACCUAAUCAAGAUGAUUAUAUCAAAUAUUUUCUCAACGAUUUGAGUCUUCUAGUCCAAAAAUCAUUGCGAUAUACCUUAAGCCAUACUGCUCAUAUUGAAAAUUCGAAUACAACCGCUCAUCAGAUUAUGGAGAAAUCAUUAGCCUCUUCGGCAUUAUGCUACAUUGAUCGAAAAUUGUCUACAUUCAGGAAUUUCGAAAAUGCCACUUCUUCAAUGGCUCCUGCAAAUACCCGGAGUUUAAAUUCGAAUAUUUCCGAUUCGGAGAACAACAUCACUAUUAAUCCUGAUUUACCGAAAAGAAAUCAUCUUGAAAAAUCUCAAAAUUCGAAAGCAAAUUGUCCCUACACAACCACCUCAGUCUCAAAAAUAUUUUACAAUUCAAUCUUUGCGCGCGUAAUCAGAGAUUGCAUCAUUGCUUACCUUGUUUACGCAUCGAAUAUCGCGAAAAUGCCUUCUAUCAACGUGUCCGAAGAGACCAUUGAUGCGCCUAAAGAGACGACUACUGUACCAUUCCGUAAAAGGUCGAGACAAUUAUCUUUGAAGGAUCUUUCUCUCCGUAUCAAAAAAAAGUUGAGCGUCGACGGAGAGGUCAAUGCUAAUUUGCUCGAUAAUUCUAAAAGUCGUGUGAGAAAUAAUACGGGUUACUCAAAAUUGGCCGAUGAAGAUAGAAAGAAAGAGAUGAAUGACAGUUUUUAUCGAAAAUUAAUACGAAAUACCAAAAUAUUUGCCCCAAUUUCGAGUCCAACCAAAGAUACGAAUCUUAAAGGUCUUAGAAAAAUUCGUUGGAAAAGGGGCAGAAAUUUAUCCGACACCGGAAUUAUUCGCCCUAUAAAUUAUCGAUUAUCCCUGGACACUAUAGAAGAAGACACCCUCAUAUGGAAUUGGGAAGCUCUCUUAGUUUUAUUGAAUCGUAUAGAUAAUGAUGGAGGUUUGGGGAGUAUACUGCGAGUGGAUCGUAAAGAAGGAUUGGUAGAUUGGCGGACAAAUCUAUUAAAGUUGAUCGAAAUAAUAUGGGAAUACUUUUUGCCGCCCUUGACUCCGGUUAAGCACACCGAUAAAUCCGAAAAAUCCUCCCAUUCUUCCUUCAUCUCGGAAUACGGGAUAUCUACGACCAAUCGAGAAAAGGGGGAAAAGUCGAUUUACGGAAGUAAUACCGUAACCUCUCCCGCUAACGAUUCGCGAACCCAAUCCUUUUUCCUCAUUUUAAAUCUUCUUUGCCGAUUUCUGACCGAUGAAAAUAAACCUGACACGAUGAUCGAUAUCACGAUUAUCUUGAAUCGCCAAGACGACAACAACAUAGGUAAAAGCAAUAAUAGGUAUAAAAAAGGUGGCUCUUCAAAAUUGACUUAUAAAAUGCUCAAAUAUUACCGAAAAUUAAAAGUCAAGACUUCUCCCCGUGGAAGCUUAAAUUCAUUCUUCAGACAUGACUCUAAAGCCGGGAACGAAGCUGAUACUCCGGGUUGUAGUAAUACCGAAAUAUCUCUUUCCCAAUGGAUCUAUCAGCAUUUAUCAACUAUGCUGGUCGGCAUUGAUUCAGUCUUAAAUGAGGCUUGCCUAACAAAGAUACCAUCUUCGUCAAUUUUCAAUUUAUAUAACGUGGGAGCCUUGAAUUCCCAAUACUAUUUCUUGAUUUGCGGUAUUUUGUUAUCCCAUUAUUUUCGUUCUGGCUCUACAUCUAUGGAUAUUCAAUCAGAAUCAGAUCACUGUAUCUAUACUAUACUAGACAAGUUCGAAAAGAUCGUAAAAUUAAAUCAUGUCCCUUUGACAAAACUGAUUCUCUCUUCCAUAUUCGUUUGCUUUUACCACCCCGAUCAUGUGACCUCUACUUCUGACGCUACGCCCUUCACUGCGAUUCAAGAUAAAUGUAGGGACAUCUAUUUAAGCGUUCUGAAGAACACUGAUAAGGAAACCAAGUAUUAUGCCGUACACAACAUUAGAUCCCUUUUAAAAUUGGCGCGAAUAUCGUGCAGGGGUCCUGAUUUAAAACCCAAUUUCCUCGAUUUUAAUUGGACCAUACCAACUUUAUUCCGCGAAUGCUUGAUUUCAUCGUCACCUAAAAAUUGUUACAAAGGGAACAACAAAGUUACCUUGAAUCCCGAAAAUGAGGACGAUCAGAUUUUGUAUCUCAGCUAUUUGGCUUUGGACGAAAUAUUAACCUUAUCGCAAAAUAAUUAUACAAAAACUUUUUUGGACCACCUUCACCAAUGCGAAGAAAUUCGAAAUUCUUUUGAACACGAUGAAACGGUGUCAAUAUCGAAAUGCCAAUAUUUUUGCGAUCAUCUGUUGACGAGAAUCACUAAAGAUAUCAAUGGUUAUUUAGUUCUAUCGCAAGCAAAUCAUGGCAAUAUUAUUUCUAAUUUAAUGGCAAAGUGGGAAAAGAUUUACGUAACAGAAUAUCCAAACAUAAUUGAAACUCGUAUAUCUAUACGCUAUCUAGGUUACGAGCCUUCUUUGGGUCAUCGUAGUUCUUAUUCGAGCUCUGAAAGCGACAAUUGCUAUAACUUUUUCUGCAAUCAAAACAGGCUUUACAUUGGUGAUGAAAUAAGUUCGAGCAUUCCAAUACACUUUUAUGUGAUGGCGGAACAUCUUCCGGGAAUGUCGUUCCUUUAUAAACAGAAUACCUUAUCGAAGCUGAAGAAUCUCUAUCUUAGUGACUUCAAACCCAUCAUCGAAUCAAAUUCGUUAUCUUCAAAUGUCGAAAAUUUGAAUGUUCGGAUUAAGGCUUGUCUUUGGUCAUUGAGUCACCUAACCAAUUCUGCCUUGCAUUUUCUAUCAUGCCUUGACGAUGAGCAUUAUAAUAAUCUUAAUGAUAGCCAUAGUAUUCAUAUUUCUGAUGUCGAUAAUCCCGUAUUAUACGAAAAAUGGAAUCAAGAUUUGAAAGAUUUCGUUUAUUUUACCAUAAUAGAAUUAACGCAUUUAUUCACUUCCACAAAAUCUCCUAUACCUAUUAAAGCGACUUGUUUUUAUUGCCUUAAUUUUAUCCGAUGCAAUCCUCACUACUCCCAGUUUUAUUGCCCUAGUAACACCGACAAAUCGAGUCCUGAAAUCAUCUCGACAAAUAUUGAUGACGACAUUCGAUUUUAUCGUAAUUUGAUGCGCACACCUUUCAAUACUGCCGCCAUUACGAACGAAAAAGAAAAUGCCGGAAACGAUACUAUGGAAGAUGAAUUAGAAAGGAAAGAAAAUUGUCCGGUUGGUUGGAAUGGCACCCUCUGCUUUCAAAUAUGGUUGCCACACGAUUUAAUCAAGCUAUCGAAGAUCUGGUGCAAUGGUAGUCUCUCAACGCGCUCUAGAUCCAAGGACGGAAUCUCAUAUUUACGUUGCUAUAAUGACCUUCAUGCUGUACCGUCGAUCCCAUUAUAUCUCCACAAUCGUCAUAAACUGUUUGAUGAUAAUUUCUCCGAGAAAUCUAAGUCACCUCUUAGCAUCAAGGAAUCGAAAUCUAACAAUUCCCUUACCUCCGUACCACAAAUUUUGAUGUCACACGUGGAAGGUGAAUUCGCGUCUAAAAAAAAGGACAAAUUUAUUUAUCCCGCAAUUUUUAAAAAUUCUAAAAAUGACUGGGGGAAAAAUAAUGAUAAACGCUCAUCAUCCGAAAAUAGCCAAACGUACAUCCACUCUCAUAAUCUUUGUUUAAAAUGUGGUCUUGGUUUAUCGAAUAAUCAUUCAUUUGUUUAUUCCGAAUCUUGUACACGGGUUAUGAGACUAAUAGCCAAUAAAAUCGGCAUCUUUUAUUCCUUCAAAACGGCUUGCCGAGAUUUAAUCAAGUUGAGACAUGAAGUCCCUGAGGUUUUCGAUAAUGUGUGUUUCUAUUCUGACGUUUGUGAGCUCUUAAACACAACCCGUUACCAUUUUAAAACGAGGCAAUUCAUCCAAGAGCUGUUUAGCAAUUUGGAUAUAUCUUUCCUUUUUGAUUUUGUGAUAUCUCUAUAAAUGCAAAUUUAUACAUUUCUUUGCCACUAAUUUAUUUCAUAACCAGUACUGUCUGAAGAUGCGAUUCUUAAUAUAAAUAACAUAUUUUUGUGGGAUUGUCAUAAAUUGAUAAAAAUUGCUUAUAAUAAUUUAUUUAUUUUUUUAAAAA